UCCUUCUCCAGCUCCGUUUUCCUCAUUCCCCGAGUCGUUGACCCUUGCAAGUAUGGACCAAAUGGCAGGCUCCAGGCCGCCUGAUGUGAGCAUCGGCUACCGGCUCUUGGUUGGCACGACGGUCACCUUUGUAUGCGCAUUCAUUGUUGUCUCUUUGCGGGGUGUAGCUCGCAGCGUGUAUGCUCGCAUGAGCUGGGAUGACUAUCUUAUGAUAUUUGCCUUGGUUCAAGCAUUGAUAGCGACUGUCUUCGAUUUCAUCGCCGUCGACAAAGGACUAGGACGUCACCUAGUUUACAUCCCGAAAAAUGACGCCGUCACAGCCAUGUACUAUGAUCUGCUAUCGCAGGUCUUCUGCAUCAAUGCCUUGAGCUUCGCGAAGAUCUCUAUCUGCUUAUCCUAUCUGCGCAUCUUGAAAGGAUCGCGCCAUACUGUGCUCCGGGUAACAUGUUACCUCACUGCGUUCCUGGUCUUUGCGGUCAAUACUGUGGUUAUCAUCUCGUUGUACGCACAAUGCGAUCCACCACGCAAGUCCUGGAAUCCGUUUAUACCUGGAAAGUGCUGGGCAUUUAGAACUGAGAUCAGUCUUGUGUUGCUUCAGGGAGCCUGGUCCGCAGUAACAGAUUACUUCCUUUCCAUUCUACCAUUCUUCCUGUUCAAAGACCUACAGGUCAGUCGCGGAAACAAGAUCAUCUUGUGUGGCCUGAUGGGACUAGGUGUCAUAACGGGCGUCUUCGCCACCAUCCGCACUAUUGAGUCCGGCCUGGGUCUCAAAAACGGCAUCAGCGAUGCCUCCUACACGACCGUGAUGGGUCUCAUGUGGGCAGGCAUGGAGCGCAACAUCGCCAUGAUGAUCGGCAGUGUGCCCGCACUACGGCCACUGACAUCGCCAUUCAUGAAACUGACCUCAGAAACGAUGUCAUACUUGGGAAUCCGGUCUUCGUCGAAGAGAUCAUCGGGUUCUAGCUCUAAUGGGUCGGGCUCGUUCCAGAAUAAGUCGGGUAGUAAAUCCACUAAGGAUUUGCCCACGACGAGUAUGGAGCAGAUCUUGCCGAACAGAGCGCCGAGAGACAUGGUAUAAGCGGGGGACUGUACAUACAUGGGGGCGAAAGCUAGUGCUCCUGAUUCUGUUAGAUACUGCGUUAAUGAAUUAUGCCACUCUGUCUACUGCUACACUUAGA